AUUCGGAUACCAACAGUACCAGCAGCAGCAGCAGCUUCAACCAGGCGGCAGACCGACGGCGGCGGCGUUCGAGUCACAUCUCUCCGCAGGGGCUACGCAAGAUAGAUUAUUUUUUUUUAUAUAUAAAAAAGGCCAUAUACUGGGGAAACUUACACGGUUUUCACCCACAAAUACGUCAGCCGUCUAGUGAAUCUUCGGAGUGUUAUAACAGUAGUGUGAAUGAGAAUUUCAAGAUAAAUAUUUAUUCACUACACAUGGAAUUAAACUGUCGAGCUAUCACGCGUGUUCAUCCAGUUGUUUUGAAUUAGAACGCAAAAAUUUCAUCACUACCCAUUGGGUACAUUCUUAGAAACAAAUUGACGACGAAUUUUGAUCGUUUGUUCGAGAAACGCGAGUGAAAUUUUUUUUAUUCAAAAUUUCACUGUUAUUUCAACGUCCUGACAACACUCAAGGAUUAAAUGAAAAAGUGAGAAGGAGCGACGACAGCCAACUGAAUGAAACCGGUGUGAUUUAUCAAUGUACACUUUGGAUUCAUCGAAAGUGGAUUAUUCAUACACGGAUUAAAUGGAAUAUCCCAAGUGGUUCAGAGUGUUGAAUACAGUGUGAAAUCUCACGUUUAUAUAUCUAUAUAUAUUCUACUGCAACCAAGUGUUUGUCGUGUGCUUGUUCGGUUGAUAAAUAACAAAUAAAAAAUACUUCGACCCCAAGGAUAGCUGAAGGGGGGCCCUUAUGGCUGUGCACCGAGUACUUUGUGUUUUCGCCUCGAGGAGGUAACCCAUUAAGUGGGUAAGAGGAGAAUCAACUAUCAACAGCAUUGAGUUAUUAGCAUCGCAGUGGAUUGAAUAAAAAAAAUUGGAGGAAAAGAGGCUCCAGAGUUGGGAGCUUUUUCAUUUCUUCCAAAAAAAAAAAAUCUGUCAACAAACAUGUGGACCACGAUGCUGGUGUGGACGAUGGCCGUUGUGCUUCUUCCGUCAUUGCGUACGGUGAAUGCCUCCGGUGUUUUUGAACUACGACUAAAGUCAUUUGCCAAUGAAUAUGGCAAGGAUAAUACUGGCGAGUGUUGCUCCGGUAGUAAAUCGAAAACCGGAGAGUGUACCGGUGUCUGCAAGACAAGAUUCCGAGUGUGUUUAAAACAGUAUCAAGCGAAAAUUGAUACAACAUCGCCGUGUACUUAUGGUGAUGUUGUAACACCGGUACUGGGUGGUAAUGUUGUGAAUCUCAGUCCGGAUAUAGCUCUGCCGAGCUUCACCAAUCCCAUCAGAUUUCCAUUCAACUUCUCCUGGCCGGGCACAUUCUCACUGAUUGUCGAGGCCUAUCACGAGGUUGAAAACAUCACCGGCCAUUCGCCUGAAAAAGUGUUGAUAAGGAGAUACAUGGAUCAACGAUGGUUGGAUGUUGGCACUGAUUGGACAGCAGCUGAGUAUGCUGAUGGUGGUACACGAGUAACCUUUGCAUUCAGGGUCACUUGUAAGCCACAUAAUUAUGGCAAGGGUUGUGAAAAAAUAUGUAAUCCCCGGGACGAUAUCUUCGGACAUUACAGUUGCAGUCCAACGGGAGAGCGUGUGUGUUUGUCUGGAUGGAAAGGCGACUACUGUGCUACUCCUCGCUGUCUGCCUGGAUGCGAUGAGCAGCAUGGACACUGCACAGCACCCAACGAGUGCAAAUGUAGUAAGGGCUGGACUGGAGCAUUUUGCGAUCAAUGUAUGAGGUAUCCAGGAUGCCUACACGGUACCUGUCAAAAACCAUGGGAGUGUCUAUGCAAUGAAGGAUGGGGCGGUUUAUUCUGUAACCAGGAUCUAAACUACUGUACGAAUCACAAACCAUGCCUUAAUGGUGGCACCUGCUUCAACACCGGCCAGGGUUCAUACACCUGCUCAUGUGCGCCCGGCUUCAAUGGUACUGACUGUGAAAAACCCCUCAUGGAUUGUCACUCCAAGCCCUGUCUCAAUGGUGGUGCAUGCAGCAUGAUAAACAAUAGCACGCAGCAGCAGCAGCAGCAACAACAACAACAACAUCAAGAACGACGAAUUACUACGAGAUCUCAGACAACGACAAACACCAAUAUCACUGAUGUUGCCUUAAGACCAAUAGCCUAUCGUUGCACAUGUCCACCAGGAUGGAGUGGACGUCACUGUGAAAUAAGUUCAAGAUCAUGCCGAGAUUCGCCCUGUCUUCAUGGUGCAACAUGCGUUGAUGAUUCGUUAAAAGGUUACACGUGCCACUGCCCGUCCGGUUAUACUGGUACUGAUUGUGAAGCUCAAAUAAACGAAUGUGCACCAAAUCCUUGUUUAAAUAAUGGCACAUGCUCGGACGUUGUCAAUGGAUACCGUUGCACCUGUAGAACUGGAUUCACCGGCUCACGAUGUGAGAUUGAUAUUAAUGAGUGUGAAAGUGAUCCAUGCUUAAAUGGUGGUACUUGCGUAGACAAGAUUGGUGAAUACCGAUGCCAUUGUAUACCUGGUUUCACCGGAUCCGUGUGCCAAGAUAAAGUUGAUUAUUGCCGUGCUAAACCAUGUGCCAAUGGUGGUAAAUGUAUAUCCGGCACCAAUGACUAUACAUGCAUAUGUAAGCCGGGUUUCACAAAUAAAGAUUGCAGUAUUGAAGUUGAUGAAUGCAAGAGUGCACCGUGUCAAAAUGGUGGUAUAUGCACAAAUCGUGUAAAUGAAUUUUUGUGUGAAUGUAAAAAAGGCUGGCGUGGUGGUACAUGCAGUGAGCCUGACAUUGCCAUUGGCAUUGGGCGUCCAGUAACAUCAUCGGGUAAUAAUGCUGGUGUACCACCGUCUGGUGCAAGCUACUGGUCUGGCAAUCUGUCCCGGCCCUCAGCUGAAGCCAGAGAUGCUGGAUUAACGACUGAGCACGUUGUUGUCAUUGCAACAUUAUCAACAGCAGUACCAGCAUUUGUUCUUGUUGCUGCGCUUGCCGUUAUGUGUAUGAAGAGGAGACAGAAACGUGAGCAGGCAAGAGCGGAUGAAGAGGCGAGACUGCAAAAUGAGAGAAAUGCUGUACACAGCAGUUUGAGUAAACGUAGUGCAUCCACUGGAUGUGGUGGUGGUAAUGCUAAUGGUGUCAGUAUGGUUGGACCAGGCAGUGUAUUUCAGAAUGGUGCUGGAUGUAGUAGUGGACUUGGGGGUACAGGUACUAGUGUUUGUUCACUAGGUACCGGUGAUUCUCACAUGAUUAAAAAUACGUGGACAGCAAAUAAGAGUGUUAACAAUGCAACGGUAACGAGGGACGAUCUUGACUCGUCUUUUCAAACUGAAAGUGGUCUUGAUAUAUCGUGCGGUGGUUACAAACCUGAGCCUGUUAUGCCAGAUGGUAGAUCAAGAACUCCAAAACAAUUGAAUACAGAAGCAGCGGCUCAUCGUGCAUCACAUCAUUUUCAAAAAGAAAAAGAUAUUUGUGCUAGUGUUGGUGUACUCGAUGCUAAGAGGACGUCACUCUUCUCGAGUAAUACAUUGGAUAGUUGUUGCGCAAGCAGCGACCCUUCAUUAUUGAAGAGGCCAACGCUUACGGACAGUGGUGGCGGUGGAGGUGGGGGUGGUUGUGCCAGUGAGGGUAACUGUGGUGUUUAUGUUAUAGACGAUCAUUAUAGACAUGAUGCUGCAUUAGCUGCCACGCUUGCCACCGAAGUGUAGUUGUCAAUUUUAAACACUAUUUAUUAAGUAAGGAUUCGAUGAAGCAGAUAAACUCUGAACAAAAAAAAAGACUACUAUGAAUUUUCGUUCUCUCGAAUGUUAUUAAUCAAUGAUUUUAACAUCUUUCUAUUCAUGUCCUCCUUGAUUCAGUCGGCAAUUGCCAUUCCUGUCUAAGUAACGUUUGUACUAUUUCUCGGAAUUCCAUAGACGAAAAAUAUUCAUAUAACAUUCUUUUUCCGUUUUUCACCCUUAAUUUAUAAAUAAAAUAUGCCGACAAGGUAUACACGAAUAACUGGAUUAUUUCGUGUUCAAGGCUAUGGAAAAUGAAAUAGAAAUAGAGAGACGAAGAUAACAGUGAGAGAUGCUGUGUCGGCAAUGCUCAAAUGCAAAGCCAACUCCGCGAUAAUACCCCUCUACUCCCUUGUCCUCGUAUGCCCUCCCGCCCCUUCCCAGUAGAUAUUUAAUAAUUAUUAUGCUCGAAGCAAGAAACUCUGUACAGAAUUAAUUUAUUAUAAUUGUUAUCUAUUAUUAUUAGUGGAUGUUCCUCUGUGCGUGCUGUUGAUAUUACUUUGUUGAGGUAAUGAAAAUGUAAUAUCGAUUGCUUUAUCAUUGAUAAUAACAAUAAUAUAUAUGCAUUAUCAUUGUUCCAGUAAAUUAUGAAAAGAUUGUGUCCUUUUUGUGAAAAGGGUGAGCUAAUGCGGCAAAUGAUAAGAAUUGUAAAACGUUCGUAUUAAGUGAAUGUGUAUGUGAGUGAGAGAGAGAGUACAUUGUAUAUAGUCCUUUAUCUUUUUUUUGUAUUUUGUUUGCGUCAAAUACGGGAACCGUCUGACUUUAUAUAUACAUCUGAAUUUCGUAAAAAUUGUGUAUUUCUGCUCUCGGCAACUUUUUUUUUCAUGACCCGGUUUUUUAAUGCGCGUGGUCUUUAAAAGUCAUGAAUAAGAUCUCAUGUGAACUUUGAAAUUCAACAAAAACUCAAUUCGUACAGUGGCUCUGGUAAUUAAAUCCAUCCCUUUUCAAGUCAUUGGAAACAUGACAAGUCGUGUAACUUCAUAUUAAAAGAAGUUGACGGAAUUUCGUGAUAUGUUAAGUCAUCAUCAUUCACUACGAUCCUUGCAAUCAAGGAAUGGUACUGUCGGGCACCUCUACCCUCUCCCUGAUCCUAACAUGGAACCACACUCCUCAUUAUUCAAUCCCGAAACUAUUUCCUGAUUGCAAGCAGAUAUCAUUCAGGAAAUUCCGAAAGACUUUACGAUUUUCUUUAUGCUAGGGUUUAUUUCAUUUUUUUCUCCUGAAUGCAGACAUUAGAACAACAACUGGUUCAUGUAAGAAAAAAAAUAUCUGUCGCUUUCGACAGGGAACGGCAAAAUGUGACUGUCUGGUUGUUUCCAAAAAUAAUUUGUAACGUAUAAAAAAGAAAUACAGCGACGCCCCCCGCCCCUCUUUUAGUGUCGUCUCGUUGUAUGAUACUAAAAGAGGGGAUACCACCAGUGACUCUUCUGGAGGCAUCGCUGUUCUUUGACGAAUGCUGGAGCUAUGAAAAUUCAUAAAUUUAAGACGAAAUUAUAUAUGUUCGAUCGAAGCAUGCUAUUGAAUGAUCAGCAGAAGUUGAAGGAGUUGUGAGAUACUUGAAAUAGAAAUUACUGCAAGACCGCGCGCAAACUACGUGACUCACGGGCAUUUGUACGUUUCUAGUGGAAUAUAUGAUGAUGAGUACGUCAUUCUUGAUGAGAUUACAAAUUUUAUAGAGUUUUUCUUAUAUUUUGUUUACUUUUUUUGUUUCUUAUGAGACGUUUUGUUCAUUCUUCUGUACCUAUUUUUGACACAGAAUAACGUGUAAAUCAUCAAGACAUACAUCAUAUUUCCACUUGGAAAAAUAUGAUAAUUACAAGAAGUAAGAGCGUCAUUAUACAUUGAUUGGAUGAAAAAUAUUGUGGAUAAUUAUGUGUUUGUUAUCGCGCGAUUUAAUGUAUGAUUAUUUAUUUUGUGGAACUGAUUUAUUUACAAGCGUACAGCAUUGAGUGAUAAUGCCGUAAAAGUGACAUUAAAAAAUGAGAAAUAAAAUAAAAUUAUCAAUCAUGACGACAUUUUUUUUUAUAGACCUGUGUGACAAUCCAUGAGUUUGAGGAGAAUUUGAACAUUUACUUUUUUUUUUGUCAGCGAACGAAUUAUUGGAGACAACAAGGAAACGAAAUAUUGGCGGAGUAGUUCCAAAUUAUCUCAGUUUUCCUACCGAUUUGUUCUUGAUUCUGUCCAAUAAUCAAAUUCCUGUAGAAUAUUUGGACAAUGACGUAUUAGAAAAAAAUAUUCUCAUAUAGAUAUCUGUUCCCUCACUCAUUGAGGAAUGUAUUCCGACCUUCCUUCGUGUACCUUCAGCCUCUUAUUAAUGAUAAAGUGAAAAAGUAACAUGUUUACUGUGAUGCAAAUAUCAUAAUUUCAAUGAACGACUGUCAAUUCCAAAUUUUUUGUACUUAUACAUUGCACAAUUUUGAAGUAUUUCUCAUUAAAUAUAUGCUCUUCGCGAUAAAGUAAUGUAAAAAACCGCGGAAAUUUUUUAUCUCUUACCGACUUAACGUUUAUACAAUCACCGUGAUACGUACUAGCAGGUUUAAUGCAACUUACACUUACAUUUGAAUAAAUUCGAUUGCGCUCCGAGGGAAUAUUUCCGAUAGUAACACUUCACUGGGAAAGUGUAAUUAAUUGAAACGUGCGACUGAAAAAUAUCCUGUAUGUGAACAAUUUUUCCCAGAAA